AGCUUAUACUAUUUUAGAAGGCAAUUUAGAUUUCUAGACAACUUGUUGACAAUGGCCAGUUUAGACACAGCCGUUUCCGUGUCCUCAAAAGAGAAUGUUUCCACUGCAAUUAGUGAUAGUGGUAGUAGUAGUUCAUUAAAACCUCCACCAUUACCCCAACGGAACACUGCGGAUAGUGGGAAUGUAAGGGUUCAUUAUGGUUAUACUGAUAGUAUUGGAACUAUUUCAAUUAUUAGACAAGCAGAAUUAUACUCUUCAUCUCUGCUUAAUGAAGUGUCCGAUUUAUUUGUCAAUUCCAAUUCAAUUAAUUCCAAUAAUAAUAGUAUUAAUAGUACUAAUAAUAACACCGCAUUAAAUGGAGACAAUUUAAAGACCAGAUUAGAAGAAAUAAAAUCGAGUCUUAAUGAUGAAGAAAGUGAUAGAAAUCAAUAUUGGAUAGGUAUAAUUAAUGAUUACAGUAAUCAAUAUAUUAGAAACCUUAAAAUUGAAGAAAUUGAGAAAUAUUUGUCUAAUGGAAUACCAACUAAUUUAAGAGCUCUAGUAUAUAUUAAGACUAUACAAGUGAGGUAUAGGCUCCAUCAUAAGGAAAGUUUUGAUAAUUUAGUUAAGAAAGCUAAAUAUUCUAAUUCAAACAAGGAAUUGGAAAACUACUUACAAGAACUGGGUAUUGAAUCAGAUCUUGUAGAUGUACUCAGCGUUUAUAAUUAUUAUAUUAAUGAAUUAGUAACUACUCAUGUGACUCCAUCAAUAACUGAAAACCAUUCUGCCGAUUAUGCUCCUCCCAGCAAAUUUAUAAUUUCAGUAGCUAAAAUCUUGUCGAAAGUACCAAAUUUUGAAAAAGAUGAAGUGUUUUAUAUCUUAUUGAAAUUUAAUAAGUUACUCAGCCUUCUAGCUAAGGAUGAAUUCUAUUAUAAAAUAAGUAGAUCAUUAGAGGAUAUUGUUCAUAAAGUAUUUUUACACAUAAGUGUGCAAGGAAUAUUUCUCAAUGACUUAUAUAAGAAGCUAUUAUUCAAUUAUUUCGAGGAAAAGAUAACUGAUGAAGAACAAUUAUUGAAGAUUUUGGAUGUCAUAGUAUUUGAAGGAUUUGAUGUAAUUCUCAGAAUUAUUGUAUGGGCUUUCAUAGAGAAUCAAGAUCAAAUAUUAAAAUUGGAUGGUGAUGAAUUGAAUAAUUUCAUAUAUUCAUCUGAAUUCUUUUCAUCAUUAAAUUUUGAUCUAAAUGAAGUAUUCAAACAUGAACCUCAAAUAAUUAAAUAUGAAAAUGAAUUUCAUUUGAUGCAUGCCAAUUCAUUAAAUAAUAAUAGAAAUGAACUUAGUAAUUUACAAGAAGUUAAUGAUGAACUUUUAAUUAAAAUUAAUGAUUUAAAUCGACAAUUGGAAAAUUUACAAACGACUCAUAAGGAAAUCUUAGAACAAAGUGAACAAUUCAAUGUUCAACUUGAAGCUGCUAAAUCACAGAAUGAACAAUUAGUUAGUGAACAAUUAACCUUACAACAAAAAUUACGAGAAUUAACUAUGGAAGAUAAUUUAAAUAAUACAAUUCAAGCCAAUAAAGAUUUUGAAGAAAGAAAUAAUGAAUUAGAGUUACAGAUUGAUGAAUUAAAAAAAUCUAUAGAGACUAAAACUCAAAAACUUGCAAAAUUAGGACCUAUAGCUCCAACAUCAACUCAAACCGAAACUAUUCCAUUGUCAGAAGAAGCUCUUGCAUCAAAAGAUACCGAACCACCCUCGGAAAUUGAGGUUGCAAAGAACGAUUAGACGACUCACUACCUCACAUCGUAAGACACACCCAAAUAUAAAUCGAAUGAUAAAAUCGCGAAAAAAUUCCCUUGUGCACAGGACAGUCUGGAAAAACUUCUUUUAUAUAGAUAGUUCUUUGAUUACGUA